AUGCCAAAUCCUCAGGAGCCAAAUCCUCACCUCCCAACCCCAGUAAAGUUUAGUAGGCUUUUGUAUCUCUUGUCCGGGUAUAACCAUUCAACUGUGAUGUUUCUUUCUGAUGGGUUUACACAUGGUUUUCCCCUCCAUUUUCAAGGGAUCCGGGAGUCCUCGCACGCCAAAAAUCUUUUAUCAGCUGUACAGAAUCCAACCGUUGUUGAUGCAAAAAUUGCUAAAGAGCUUGCAGCCGGCCGUUUAGCAGGUCCCUUCGAUUCUCCCCCAAUAUCCCCCUUUGUUGUUUCCCCACUUGGCGUGGUCCCCAAAAAAUCACCUGGAGAGUUUCGGCUUAUUCAUCAUUUGUCUUUCCCUAAGGGGGCUUCUGUAAAUGACGGGAUUUCUCAUGAAAACAGUACUGUUUGUUAUGCGACUAUUGGAGAUGCCAUAAGAUGCAUCAAACUGGCUGGUCAGGGCAGUUACUUAGCAAAAACUGAUAUCCAAAAUGCAUUUCGGAUAAUCCCAAUACAGUCAGAUGACUAUGGCCUUUUAGGUAUGCACUGA